UUGUAGUAAAAAGUUGUCUGCUACAAAAUUUAUUGAAAAAUAAAUAAAUAAGGAUACACAUUGAAAUAAACAGGAUUUGUAAGUAAAAUGUCUGAAAACACAUAUGGUUUCAAUAUUGUUUGGGAUGAUUUAAGUGAAGAACAAGUUAAACCAGUUGAAAUGACUUAUGAACAGUUUAAAAACGAAUUUGGUUUUGAUGCAGCUGAAAUUGUUGAUGAGUUUACACCUUGUGCAGAUCCCAUGCUCAAUAACUUAGCAGGUGGCCAACCUUUAAUUAAUGAUCAAAGUUUUGAAACAAAUGAAACUCCAAAUUCCAGUCUUGAAAGUCCCUUGGUUCAAAAUGAAUUUAAAGACAUAAAUGUUUCUGAUGUUCAACAAUUCAUCAAAAAUGAAGAAAAUAAAAACACGGCCAAAAAAACUUUGAACGACACCAACAAGUUCAAACGUUUCCUUGCAUCGCGUGGCGAAUACAGAGAAAUGCACCAUAUUGAAGUUGAUGUUCUUGACGACUACAUUUCCACCUUCAUAUUAUCACUUCAAAAAUCCAAUUGCACCGAGUAUGAGCCCACUAGUAUUCGAGGCAUCCUUGGCAGUCUUGACAGAAAACUGAAGAGGCAUCGUUUUCCAUACUCGAUAAUGGCUGGCAGUGGGCCCCAAUUUUCUCUGACUAGACAGACCUAUAAUGCCAAGAAAAAAAGCUUAAAGAAACAGGGUAAAGGGAACAGGCCAUGUGAAGCAGCACCACUAACCGAUGGAGAGCUUGAAGUCAUGUGGCAGAAAGGUGUCCUUGGAUCUCACAGCCCAACAGCGCUGGUGAACACUCUUUGGCUCAACAACUGUCUGCACUUUGGCCUAAGAGGCACUAAAGAGCAGUACAAUCUGAGAUGGGGUGACAUUACAUUGAAAGCUGCUGUUGAUGGAACAGAAUAUUUGGACUAUAACGAACGGCAGACAAAAACCAGAACGGGUGAAAAUGUGGCAGAUGUGCGAAGAGUGACACCUAAGAUGUUUUCAACUGGAAAAAAUGAUUUGAGAAACCCUGUUGAAAUUUAUAAACUGUAUUCGCAGAAGCGGCCCACUGGUUUUUCGGGACCCGAAGACCCUUUCUUUUUGGCACCGAAUACAGUUUUUGGAAAAGAUGCUUCCGGGACUAGUGGUGAGGGAGAGGUUACUUGGUUUAUCAGACAAAGGGUUGGGAUGAACAAAAUGGGAAAAAUGUUGAAAACAAUGGCAAAUGAUGCUGGAUUACAAGGGAACAAACGAUUAACAAACCACUCUACCCGGAAACAUCUUGUUCAAAAACUGAGGGAGCACAAUGUCCCACCAACGGAUAUUAUGAGGAAACCUUGGCUCACUGGACUGGACUUCGUGUCGGACGGGAGACUGUUAGCCGUGGAGAGGAAACCUUGGCUCACUGGAGUGGACUUCGUGUCGGACGGGAGAGGAAACCUUGGCUCACUGGACUGGACUUCGUGUCGGACGGGAGAGGAAACCUUGGCUCACUGGACUGGACUUCGUGUUGGACGGGAGACUGUUAGCCGUGGAGAGGGAACCUUGGCUCACUGGACUGGACUUCGUGUCGGACGGGAGACUGUUAUCCGUGGAGAGGAAACCUUGGCUCACUGGACUGGACUUCGUGUCGGACGGGAGACUGUUAGCCGUGGAGAGGAAACCUUGGCUCACUGGACUGGACUUCGUGUCGGACGGGAGAGGAAACCGUGGCUCACUGGACUGGACUUCGUGUCGGACGGGAGAGGAAACCUUGGCUCACUGGACUGGACUUCGUGUCGGACGGGAGACUGUUAG